AUGGUGGGGACCCCUCGCAGCCUAAGAACCUGCAAAGAGAAAAGGAGACCAAGUCGCGGGGAAGUACUGCCCGCGGGCAGGGAGGCGCUCCGAGAGCCCCGCGUGCCCAUCCCGGGAGCGCUGUGCCCUGGGGGUCGUCCCCAGCCGCGUCUACGCGCUUCGGUCCUCCCCGGGAGCCCUGCAUUCCCAGUGCCGGGACCCCGCCGCCCUGUUUCUUCCCGACGUCCCCCGUCCGGACCGGGGGACAGCCUGGCUCUCGGGGUCCGGCCAGUCUGGGAAAGCGAUGAAGGGAGCACCACAAGCACCUGUGCCCAGGGCCACCGCCCCUCCCUCGGGUUACCCCGUGCUUGGGCUGACGUCACCCCUCUCUGCGGGGCCCUCGCGGGGGUCGCUGCACCCUGCGAGCGGGGGCUGCGCGCGGGCGGGAAGCGCGGCCCAGACCCCCGGGUCCGCACGGAGCAGCUGCGCAGUCGAGGCCAGGCCAGGCCGGACUCCCGCCCCGCCCCUCACUCUCCAGCCCCGCCCCUUCCUCUCCGCGGUCCCGCCUUCUCUUGGGGCGCAGUUUGGAGGCUGCUGGCGCCGCGUCUUGCUGCGCACGUGGGGCGCCGCGCUCCGGCCCUUGCGGUCCACCGCGAUGCCGCGCGCGCCACGCUGCCGAGCCGUGCGCUCCCUGCUGCGCAGCCGCUACCGCCAGAUGCUGCCGCUGGCCACGUUUGUGCGGCGCCUGGGGCCCGAGGGCUGGCGGCUCGUGCAGCGCGGGGACCCGGCGGCUUUUCGCGCGCUGGUGGCGCAGUGCCUGGUGUGCGUGCCCUGGGACGCACGGCCGCCCCCAGCCGCCCCAUCCCUCCACCAAGUGGGGCACCCGAGGUCCGCGUCCGGCGCUGGGGUGGGAGCGGAGCGGCGCGCGCACCCCCGGCGGGCGACUCAGGGCGCUUCCCCCGCCCGCAGGUGUCCCCCCUGAAGGAGCUGGUGGCCCGGGUGCUGCAGAGGCUUUGCGAGCGUGGCGCGAGGAACGUGCUGGCCUUCGGCUUCGCGCUGCUGGAUGGCGCCGGCGGCGGCCCCCCCCCCCAGGCCUUCACCACCAGCGUGCGCAGCUACCGGCCCCACACGGUGACCGAGAUGCUGCGCGGCAGCGGGGCGUGGGCGCUCCCGCUGCGCCGCCUGGGCGACGACGUGCUGGUUUACCUGCUGGCGCACUGCGCGCUCUACGUGCUGGUGGCUCCCAGCUACGCCUUCCAGGCGUGCAGGCCGCGGCUGUACGAGCUCGGCGCUACGCCCCGGUCCGGGCCACACGCGGCUGGGACGCGAAGGGGCCUGGGAUACAAACGGGCCUGGAGUAGCAGCGUUAGGGAGCCCGGGGUCCGCCUGGGCCUGCCAGCCCCGGGUGAGAGAAGGCGCCGGGGUAGCGCCAGCGUAAGUCCACCGUGGCCCAAGAGGCCCAGGUGUGGGCCUGCCCUGGAGCCGGAGCGGACGCCUGUGGGGCAGGGAUCUCAGGCGCACCCCGGCAGGACACUUGGACCGAGUGGCCACGGUUUCUGCGUGGUGACACCUGCGGGAGCCGCCGAGGAAGCCCCUGGCACAUGCCACUCGUACCCAUCAGCGGGCCACUAGCCCGGGGCGGGGCCCCCAUCCAAAUCGCGAUCCCCGCAGCCCCGGGACACGCCAUGUCCCCUGGUCUAUGCCGAGACCAAGCACUUCCUCUACUCUUCGGGUGCCCAGGAGCGGCUUCGGCCCUCCUUCCUACUCAGCGCCCUGCGCCCCAGCCUGACGGGUGCCCGCAGGCUCCUGGACACCAUCUUUCUGGGUUCGAGGCCAGGGACGCCCCGCAGGCUGCCCCGCCUGCCCCAGCGCUACUGGCAGAUGUGGCCCCUGUUUCUGGAGCUGCUCGGGAACCACGCGCGGUGCCCCUACGGGGCGCUCCUCAAGACGCACUGCCCACUGCGGACUGUGGUCACCCCGGCGGCCCGUGUCUGUGCCCAGGAGCCCCUGGGUUCUGUGGCAGCCCCCGAGGAGGAGGACACAGACCCUCGUCACCUGGUGCAGCUGCUCCGCCAGCAUAGCAGCCCCUGGCAGGUGUACAGCUUCCUGCGGGCCUGCCUGCGCCGGCUGGUGCCUCCCGGCCUCUGGGGCUCCAGGCACAACGAGCGUCGCUUCCUCAGGAACACCAAGAAGUUCAUCUCUCUGGGGAAGCAUGCCAAGCUGUCGCUGCAGGAGCUGACCUGGAAGAUGAGCGUGCGUGACUGCGCUUGGCUGCGCAGGAGCCCAGGGGUCAGCAGUGUUCUGGCCACAGAGCACCGUCUGCGGGAGGAGAUCCUGGCCAAGUUCCUGCACUGGCUGAUGGGUGUGUACGUGGUGGAGCUGCUCAGAUCUUUUUUUUAUGUCACGGAGACCACGUUUCAGAAGAACAGGCUCUUUUUCUACCGGAAGAGUGUCUGGAGCAAGUUGCAAAGCAUCGAAAUCAGGUAGCAGAUUCCAGCACGUGUCCUCUGCUUCUUGAGGUUCUGGAGAUGGAUGCACCGUACCCACCCUGGCGCGUGCCAGUCCAUACUUGCCCCACCCUGGCGUGUGCCAGUUGGCGCAUGCCAGUCCAUGCUCGCCCGUGCUUCCUGCGCUGGCUUGCAGCUCUGGGCUGGGAGCUACAGGCCUGGCUUGAGCGGGUUCUGUACUAGGCUCUCACUGCCCAUGUUCUCUUGCCUAUAAAAUCAGGAGAUUGUAUCAGGUGGUCUCUAGGGUCUCUAAACAGAAGGGAUGUAUAUCGGAUGGAGACACUACCACCAGCAUCAUUGCCUCUCAUCGGGAUAAGUGUGGGUCCAAUUCUCUCUUUUUUUUGAAUUUCCCUCUGUCACCCAGGCUGGAGUGCAGUGGUGCAGUCUCAGCUCACUGAAACCUCCAUCUUCCAGGUUUUAAAGAUCCAGUCUCAAUAACGUAGGCAUUUUCUAGCAUGAACCUCAAAACUCUUCCAGCCUUUUAUCCAUUACCCAGCUCCAAAGACACUCAACAUUUUCAGGUAUUCAUUAUAGCAGCACUUUCACUUCUCAGUACCAAAAUCUGUGUUAGUCAUAACUUUCCAGAAAAACAGAACUGAGAGAGAAAAAAAAUGUCCAAGAGCAGGAGAUGUGCCAGCUCAAGCAGAGAUGGCAAAUUCAUCUUUCCUCCACCUCCUAGUCAUACCCUCAACAGAUUGAAUUAUGGUCACUUGCAUUGGUGAAGACAAUCUUUAUUUAGUCUAAAAAUUAAAAUGCUAAUCUCCUCUGGAAACACCCUCAUAUACACACCCAGAAACAAUGUUUUACUACCUAACUGACCAUCCCUUAGCCCAGUCAAAUUGACACAUAAAAUUAGCCAUCAUAUAUGCCUUGAUCUAAUUUCUAUGUAUUUGUUCUCCUGGAGGUUCACAGAAACUUCUUGAAUCUAUGGGAUGUUCUUUAUUAGUUUGAAGGAUAUUAUUUUUUAAAUGUUACUUCUGCCUUAUUCUUUCUCCUUUUUUCUGAGCUCCGAUAAUAUAUAUGGAUUUUUUUCACCAAGUCAUACAUUUCUCUAUUUUUCUGUAUUUUUUUAAUGUCUGUGCUUCCAUUUUAGUGUUUUCUAUUAAUUAGUCUUUCAGUACACUAAUUUUAUCUUCUGCCCCACCUAAUUUGUAGUUAAAUUUGUCUGGUGAGGCAUUAAGUCCCCAUGUUGUAAUUUCAGUUUGAGAAUGUUUAUAUAGUUGUUUUUUAAAAAAGGAUUCUAAUUAUCUGGUGAAAUCAUGUGUUUUUUUCUACCUGUUCUCUAUUUUUUUUAAGACAUGAAUUACAUAAACACAAUUUAGCCAAGCUCUUUGCCACUUUGUAACAAGAAUUACUUUUCAUCUAGUUUCCAGUAACAUGUUCCUCACUUCCAUCUGAGAUUUUAUGAGAAUGGCUUUAAUGUCCAUAUUUUUACCAAUGCUGUGUUCAGGAUUAUUUAGGCAUUCUCUAAAUAAAAUUCAUUUAAAGGCAUUCCUUUAAAAUAAUUAUUUAAAAGUUCUUGCCGGCUAAAUCCAAUAUCAGAAUCACUUGAGGAUCUGCCUCUAUUGUCUGUUUUUCCUCUUGAAUUUUGAUUAUGUACUCCUUUUCAGCAUGUCUAGUAAUCUUUCAUGGAAUGACAGAUGGUAUGUUUUACAAACCACAGAGGUUCCAAAGGAUGUGAUCUUUCUCUAGCUAGGGUUCUGUCUCCUCACUGCUAGCUAGAUAAAAUGAGAUUUCUCUCCUUAAUCUGAGAGUAUCAGCAGUUAAAUCUGGGUUGCAGAGCUAGCAUGAUGAUUCAUACAGAUGAUUUGCCCCUUCAAAGUUUUCAACCAAAUAUUUGAUUUAUUCUACAUGAUUAUCCCCAGUUGUCCAGACCUCUAAUUUUAAGAGUAUACUGUAAAAUGCCACCCUGCUUUAAGGGACUUUUGACAUUUAUGUUUCAGGCAUCCUGCUCUGUGCAGCCUCAGUAUUUGGCAAAUGUUCUGAGGGAAACAUUGGUCAAAGAUGCUCUGAAGUGAAAACUGGCCAUGUGCUUAAUGCCUUCCAAAACAUCAUGAAAAGCAUCCCCCAUAACUAUCAUUACUGGUAUUUGCAUCAAAUUUGAAACUUCCUGUCAGAACUUCAGAGUAAUAGUGGUUGCAGAAGCCAGCUUCUGGAGUCCUAAGUUAGGCUUCUCCUCUAACCUUUAUUUUUAUUAAUUCUUUUUUCAUAUUUUCCAUUUAUUAUUUCUCUCUGCUCUAUUUUGUGUAAUUUUAUUGAGCUUGAUCUUUAAACUCAAUUCUC